UCGCAGUGCCAAGAACUAUAAAAUACGAUAGAAGUUAGAAUCGUGGGUUAUAUUAGUUUUUGUAUCCGUUCAUAUUUUAUAUUUGAGCCGUGAUAUUCCCGGAAAAUAUAGCUAUACACGAAUCCUAGCUAACCCGAUCAUCGAUAUAGAAUAUAACCAGAUAUGCGAAUUAAAUAACACAAGGAAAUUAAGAAGAAUCGACAGAGCUCCAAAGAAAGAGCACUAACCACAACAUUUAAUUUUUUUAUAAAUAUAUACAGAGAGAGAUAGUGAUGAUUAAAUAAAACGCUAAUCAUAUAAUCUAACUAGGGAGAACAAAGCAACAUACUAACUAUAAAUAGACUAAUGGCUAGACCCACUUUGUGAAAGAGAACGAUUGCUAUAUUUGCAAGAAGGAAAAAAGCUUUUAGGUUUUGAUUUCUUUGUUAUCCGUAAGGUUUUAUACUUAUACUUAAGUUUAGCUAAAACUAAAAGACAUGGGGAAAGGAUUCAAAGUAGUUGUGGUGAGAGAGUAUGAUCCAAAGAGAGACUUGACGAGUGUGAAAGAGCUCGAGGAAAGUUGUGAAGUCGGAUCUUUAUUAGUGGAUCUCAUGGGUGACCCGCUUGCCCGGAUCCGACAAUCUCCUUCUUUCCACAUGCUGGUGGCAGAGAUCGGUAACGAGAUAGUUGGGAUGAUCAGAGGAACGAUCAAGAUGGUGACACGUGGUGGAAAUGCAUUACGUCAAGCAGGCGGCGUUUUGCCGGAAAUAAGCACCACCAAACUUGCCUUCGUCUCCGGCCUUAGAGUCUCUCCGUUUUACAGGAGGAUGGGAAUUGGACUGAAAUUGGUGCAAAGACUCGAAGAGUGGUUUCUACGAAACGGCGCCGUUUAUUCUUACGUGCAAACCGAAAACGACAACACAGCUUCGGUCAAACUCUUCACCGAGAAAAGUGGUUACUCCAAAUUCCGUACACCAACUUUCCUGGUCAACCCGGUCUUCAACCACCGAGUCACCGUCUCUCGCCGAGUCAAAAUCAUCAAACUCACUCCCUACGACGCCGAGUCACUCUACCGCAGCCGAUUCUCCUUCACCGAGUUUUUCCCUUCAGACAUCAACUCAAUCCUCACAAACAAACUCUCCCUCGGCACUUAUUUGGCCGUGCCACGUGGCGAAGACCAUGUUUCCGGUUCCUUACCCGACCAGACCGGGUCAUGGGCCGUUAUAAGUAUCUGGAACAGUAAAGAUGUGUAUAGACUACAAGUCAAAGGAGCGUCGCGUCUUAAACGCACAUUAGCAAAGAUAACGCGCGUUUUCGACGGAGCGUUUCCGUUUUUGAAAAUCCCGUCGUUUCCUAAUCUUUUCAAGUCGUUCGCGAUGCAUUUCAUGUACGGUAUCGGCGGCGAAGGGCCACGAGCGGCGGAGAUGGUGGAGGCGCUUUGCUCACACGCGCAUAACUUAGCUAGAAAAAGCGGUUGCGCCGUCGUGGCUGCUGAGGUGGCGAGCUGUGAGCCGCUUAGUGUUGGGAUUCCUCAUUGGAAAGUGCUCUCGCCUGAGGAUUUGUGGUGUUUGAAACGUCUCCGAGACGACGGUGACGAUGACGGCGUAGAUUGGACUAAGUCACCACCUGGAUUGUCUAUUUUCGUUGACCCUAGAGAAAUAUAGUAAUGUAACAACCAAACACAAAAACAAAAAUAGAAAACCUUAUAUUAAACCAGAGUGUUAUACUAAAUUACACUUUUUUAACUAUAUAUGUAGUUUCAUACUGAAUAAAUUGUAAAUAAUUUGGAUUACAAGCACAAGCUAGCAAAACAUAUGUAACCAA